AUGCUUCGUUCAGUUCGUUUCUUUUCAGGCUCUAUUGCCGCGUCCAAGAAUUUCGGGUUCAUUGGCUUGGGCCAGAUGGGCCAACACAUGGCUAGACAUAUAUACAACCAAUUGGAGCCACAAGAUACCUUGUAUGUUUACGACGCUGUGCCGCUGGCAACAGACGCCUUUGUGGAGAAAAAUUCCACGCCAGAAAAGGCCUCUCAGUUGGUGCCUUUGAAAAGCCUUUCUCUGUUUGUCACUGAUGUCGACUCGCAGUUAGACUUUAUCAUUACCAUGGUGCCAGAAGGCAAGCAUGUCAAAGCGGUCAUUCAGGACUUGGUUCUGAGCUACCAGAAACAGCCGCUGUUACAGCCAAUGACCUUCUUGGACUCUUCCACCAUAGACAUCAGCACUUCACGUGAAGUACACGAAUUUGUCAAGAGUACCAUUCCUUCGUUUGAUUUCAUCGACACACCAGUUUCCGGCGGAGUGGCAGGCGCAAGGAAAGCCAGUCUCUCAUUCAUGCUCUCCAGGGAAACUAUAGAGGAUGUUUCGCCUGCGUUGACGUCUCUCUUGAACAAAAUGGGGAAAAACAUUUUCGCCUGCGGCCCAAGCCAUGGAUCUGGGCUCGCGGCGAAAUUAGCCAACAACUAUUUAUUGGCAGUGACAAACUUGGCAGUGGCAGACUCAUUUCAGUUGGCAAAUACUUUCAACUUGAAUUUGCAGCAGUACGCUAAGCUUGUAGCUGUGUCUACGGGAAAAUCGUGGGCCUCGGUUGACAAUUGCCCUAUUGCAGGUGCCUAUCCAAAAGAAUACAAUUUGCCCGCAGAUUCAGGGUACGAAGGCGGAUUCAUCACAAAAUUGACAAAGAAAGAUCUUGUUUUGGCCACAGACUGCGCGGCAGAGUACAAUCGCUUUUUGUUCCUUGGUGACAUCAGCAGGAAAUGGUACCUCAAGGCAUGUGAGAGAGAAGACUUGGGAAGCCGAGACUUGGGUGUCUUGUUUGAGUGGCUCGGACAGAUUGAAGAGAGAAAUGGAGAGGUUGUCGACACGAAAACGUCCGAACCUUUGAAAAUCAACUGA